AUGGCGGAAGAACUCUCGGCAAUGGACAGGGCUAAGGAUGCCUUCCUGGAAUUGUUGGCAACCCUCGAGGGCGACGAGCUUCUCUCCUUCGAGACCUUUGUCGGCGCUGCCGUCGAGGAGCGUCUUCAGAUGAUUAACGAUGAAGCGGAAGGAAAGCACGGACACGGACACUCUCACGAGCACGAGCAUGGACCAGGAUGUAAUCACGACCAUGAACCUACAAAGGGAGAUGUUGCAAGGUCGGGAGGGUCCAAGAUCUUUAGGCUGAACAAGAUUAUUGAGGACUUGCGAGAGCGUCUUCCCGUCAAUGCUGAAGCCCCCAGCGAGCAGAUCACCAUUCCUUCCUCAGACGAGUUCACGGGAUAUACAAAGGACAAUGUGGUACACGUAGACGGCUUCCUCUACACCGAAGACGACGUCGAUGACCUCUGCGACCAAGGAAAACUCUCCCGAAACUAUUGUCAAAAGUGCGGGUCCAAGGACACGAUGCCGUUAAAUUUCAUCUCGCAUUCUGCUUCGGUGGUGCAGUUGCAGUUCUUGUUCCAGGUGCUGUUGAAGGGUGAGAGGAGUGCGGGCAAGGUUAUCUUGGAUGUUGGGUCUCGUCUGGGCGCUGUUCUUUAUGCUGGACACUUGUUCACGGAGGCAAAGAAGUUGAUUGGAGUCGAGAUGAACGAUUACUUUUGUAAACUGCAGACGGAGAUGGUCCGGAAACACCAUCUCCAGGACAGAAUCGAGAUCGUACACGACAACUUGCUGAACAGAGCACCUCUCCUGGAAACAGCCGAUAUCAUCAUCAUGAACAACGUCUUCCAAUUCUUCUCCCCUGUCGAAGUGCAACAACAACUCUGGAAGUUCCUCCACACACACCUCAAAUCCCGAAAGGGCGCCCUCCUUAUCACCAUCCCCUCCCUCCAGGACCAGCUCAAGGAUGCAGGACUCAUCGGGCCCGUCAAGAAACCCAAAUCGAAAAAGAAGAAGGUUCCCGCGAAGCCCCCUGGUGCUGUUGGUAGUGCACCGGCGGCGGCGGCGGUGGCGAAGGAGCUGAAGGAGGAUGGGACGGAGGUCGGAAGUGUAGGGGAUUGGACGAGUUGGUUGAAGGAGGUUGAGGUGACGGUGACAGGAGCUGAGUUUGUCGAGGAGAUGAUGGAGGAUGAGCUGGAGGAGCUCAAGCUCAUCCAUGUCUACCAAGUCAUCUAA